AGUCGUCAAACGAGUUUCGUAGCGUUCGCAACUGACAUAUUUCGCCUCGCUCUCUCACCUAUAACAAAUACAGAUACUUUUUUGCCAGUUGAGCCGAGUACGUGCAUGUGUUUGGACGUUUUGUGCAUAGAGCAAAAACAAAUCUGAUUUGAGAGCAAAACUGAAACUGAAAACUGCCGUUAGCAGCAGCAGCAGCCGCAGCAGCAAUUCGCACAGUUUUUUUUGGCCGCGCGCGUGCAAAUUUCCGCAACCAAAUCGCAAACCCCCCCCCGCACACUUCGACAAGCGUCGAGCGUGUUUGUUGUCUAGUGAUCUGUGUUAACUCGUUUCGCUUGCAAUUGCACUCGUCGUGUUAUAAUUGCUUAUGAAUGGACGCGCGUAUCUUGCAGAUACAAAUAACAAAUAUACGCGUGCUACGGCUUUUUUAACAAAAACAUAACGGACAACAUUUUGGGACAAGCUUAUCUACGCAGCAGACUUCGAGCCCAAUUCUGUUCACAGCUGCUGCGCUAACCUGUUGGGAUAAACAAAACAAUUUUUGGCUAUUAUUAUUUGUGGUGGACAACAACAACAAUUAAGCGCCAGUCUAUAUAAAUACAAUAUGUUUGACAACAAAGUUCCGGCGUUGAAAUUGAAAUUAACAAAAUAAAUGUUUUAAAUUAAGCAACGAGCGACUGCCAUUUGAAUUGUUAAUGAGAACAGCAGCAGCAGCAGCAGCAGCAAAAAGUGUUAAAUGCUGAUGACGUCGCUGCCAGCGUCGCCGCGUCGCUGAAAAAGUCAAUUAAAGACUAAACAGAGCCGGGGAGCGAACGAAUGUCGGACCUCGAAUACGAAAGCCAUUGGCAAACUUGGCUAAAACGUAUUUAAGCCAAAAUAAAAGCAGACAAGCGUACAGAGAGACAGAGAGAGAGAGGAAGAGUGAGCGAAGCAGCUAAACAACAAGCAGACAACAGCGAGGGAGAGAGCGACUGAGCGAGCGAGCGAGCGAGGUAGCUAAUGAGCAGACGACGCUCGUCGGCAAUGGCAAUUACCAUGUCGUCGUCAUCAUCAUCAUCAAUGUGGUGCUGGUGGUGGGCAGUGCUGGUGGUGGCGCUUGGGCUGCUGCUGGUCGUGCCGACAAAUGGUUUGGCAAAUUGUCCAAAUGGCUGUGAAUGCGAUGACGAAACGCUGAUGGUUAACUGCGGUGUGGGCACGCUCGAUGUGCUGCCCAUAGCGCUGAAUCCUUCGAUACAGCGUCUGGUGAUCAAGAAUAACAAACUAAAGACCAUCGAUUCGUCGAUGACGUUUUACUCGCAGCUAACAUUCUUGGACUUGAGCUACAACGAUAUGGUUAGUUUGCCAGAGGAUUCGUUUAAAUAUCAUGCCAAGCUGCAGCAGCUGCAUUUGAAUCACAACAAGAUUGGCCAAGUGAGCAAUAGAACGUUCAGGGGAUUGAGCAACCUAAGCGUGUUGAAUUUGCGUGGCAAUUUGCUGGCUGAGCUGGAGUACGGCUGCUUUACGCCCAUGUUGAAGCUGGAGGAGCUGAAUCUGGGACAGAAUCGCAUCAGUCACAUCGAUGCGCAUGCGCUGGAUAAGCUAAGUCAGCUGCGUGUGCUUUACCUGGACGACAAUACGCUGACCACAAUGCCGGCUGAGUUGACAUUCAAGGCGCUGCCGAAUCUGGCGGAGCUUUACCUGGGCACCAAUUCGUUUAUGAGCUUGCCAGCGGGCAGCUUCAAGGAGCUGCUUGGACUAACGCAUUUGGAUAUGCGUGGCGCAGGGCUGCAUAAUAUAAGCAGCGCUGCUUUUGCUAAUUUAAGUGCGCUGCGUUAUUUGGAUCUAAGCGAUAAUCGCUUAGCAGCGGUGCCUACAGCUGCGCUUGCGACGCUUGGGCGACUGGAGCAGCUUUACUUGGGCCAGAACGAUUUUCAGUCCAUAGCUAGCGGCGCUUUUGAGGGACUGCGCGAGCUGCGGCAGCUGCACAUAAGCGGCGCGCAGCAUUUGCAGCGCAUUGACGCCGGCGCCUUCGUUGGCAACAGCAAUCUGGAGCUGCUGAAUCUGUCGUCGAACAAGCAGCUCAGCGUGCUGCAGCCCAGCGCGCUGGCAAGUUUUCCACAUUUGCAUACAGUGCUGCUCAAGGAGAAUCAGCUGCACACGCUGGCGGACGCGCUGCUGCCCUGGGCGGACCUGCAAACGCUUGAGCUGGCGGACAAUCCGUUUGUAUGCGAUUGCCAGCUAAUGUGGCUGCGUAACUUGCUCAUCAGUCGCAAUGGCAGCCAGCAGCAUGCGCCUGUCAUCUGCGGCUAUCCGGCCAAUUUGCGCGGCUUGCCGCUGACGCAGCUGGCGGAGCCGCUGCUGGGCUGCGCGCAUGGCGCUGCCAAUAAACAAGCGAUCAUUGGCAUUGUUGUUGUUGUGUGCGCUGCGCUAACCACAGGGCUGGCGCUAGUGCUCUACACCUGUCGCCGCCGUCUGCGUGAGCUAAUCAAGGGACACUCGGCGCUGGGACGCAAAGAGCGCGAGUAUCAGAAAACCUUUUCGGAUGAGGAGUACAUGACGCGUGCGCCGGCUGGUGCCGCAGCUUAUCCCAGCUUCAACUCGCAGCAUUAUUUGGGCAGCCGCGCGGGCAUUCCAGUGACUGAGCUAUAGCUAGAAGCGCCACCCCCACCUCAGCUGCGUGGUCGGGGUGCAGCCGUCGAACUCGCCGCCAACCAAACGAACUUUGCACAGCUUGGCCACAUCCACUACAUGACCAAUAAUCCCAAAGAGCGCGCGCAGCCGCAUCAUUCACAGCAGGAUAUGCGUGUAUUAGCAAAUGGCAGCAAAGCUUUGGGCCUCAGCGCUGCCACGCUGCCCAGACAUCUCACAAUGCAGGAGAGCACGCUUAGCCACUAUAGCCAGCCGCUUGCCAAUGGCCAGCCCGCCAUACGCCUAACCCAAGAUCACUUUAAUCACAAUGGAGCUGGCGCUGUUUAUGCCAAACCCUGCGAUGCUUAUAUGCAUAACAAUUCGCAUUAUUCGCUGCCUUUAGAUCAUGAUUUGCCGCCUAGUCCAACGCCCACGCCACCGCCGCCUGCUUUGCCGCUGCGCAAUAAUUUGGGUGUUGCUUUGGUGCAUGGCAACACCACCGGACGCCGCUCGUUCAACAACAACAACAACAACAGCAACAACAACAAUUUGGCAGCGCUUAGCAACAACAACAACAGCAGCAAUCAGCAGUGCAGCAACAAUCAGCUGUUGUUGAGCAACAAUAACAACAACAAUAGUCUGCGUCGCUAUCACUGAUAUACGCUCAAGUCGUGCGGCACUCUCGGCCGCACUAAGCCGCCACCUAGCGGCGACAUUGAGCUCUAUCACUUUUACCAGCGCUAAUUUACAGUUUUAGUUAACGUUCUGUAUAGUUAGUUUUUAGUUUGACAGUUUGACAUGCACUGUCGUCGCCCAGUGAUCUUAAUGCUUAAGUUACGCUUUAUAUAUGUACAUAAAUUAAUGUUGCAAAAAAAAAUAUACAAAAAUAUUAU